GUGUGAGCUGAGGAAGGACAGACUGAUCAAAACAUCACUUUGUUUAUUAGCCUUAAAUUGCUUGAUAAACUGCAAGUUCAACUUAGAGAUAUAACGGAUCUUAACUGUUUUCAAAAAGGUAAGACAACAUUCCUGAUACAUUUUUUUCUGCAUUCAUCCCAGAUGAUCCUAAAUCUAUACAAAAAUAUGAUUUUUCUCUAUGUUUGAAUAUUGUCUGAUCCUUAUUUUGUAUCGUCUGAGAUGUUUCCAUGACGACCAGAUCAUGCCCAGCUGCAAGGGAUCAAAGCACGAACCAAGUGGUCAAUGUGAUUUUUCAAAGUUUUUUUGGUUUAAUAAUGUGAUCAGGAGGAAGCACAUGUGGAGGCGGUAAAUAGCAGCAAUGCAGGAAACAUUAUGGAGGAGGAAAAUGCAGGGCAGUGGUCGACGGCUGAAGUUACAAUGGUGAUGUUUGGCGAACUUCACAUAUAUAGCAGAGCUAGCAUCAAGUAUAUUUCGCGUUCAUCCUUCUUGGCUAGUGUGUGGUGCAAGAACCCCCCUUUAAGCAUGUGCGAUGUUUCAGAUGGUAUAGCAAGUGUAAACACGUGAAUCGGACAUGGGGCACAACUGAAAGAAUGUGUAAAUGGACAGUCAAAAAAACAAAAAAAACAAAUCAGAAUUGGGUAUCAAGCCCUGCAGUGUACAUGAGACCAUACAGCAAAUGGCACAUGGCAACCGGGAACUCGCUGCUCAGGGAUUUUGGGCCCAUGUAGUAAUGCACCCUGGUUGCCCUGGAGAGCUGUGUUUUAAAACAAAGGAACCAAAUAUGCUUUGAUUUCUAGUAAAAUUACACAGUAUUUUGAUACUGAAUACAUUGACACAUUUUUUAACUGUGUGUCAGUAGGUGCAUUUACAUAGAGUAUUGUAAUCCGAUUGCAAUUGUUUAAAAUCUCAUAAUGCCUCUGAUUGAAAUCUGAUUGAAAAUGCUCAAUGUAAUCCUCAAUUGGAAUAACUCAAUGAUAAAGUUCUGAUCACACGCACCUGACACUCAUCAUCAUCCAAUCAGCAGCACUAUAAAAGACACUCACAGUCGUUCAGUCAUUGUCUGGUCUUGUUAAUGCAUACUAACCUGUAUGCUUACCUUUCAGACUACUUACCUGUCUCCAGUGUGUCUCCUAGAUCCGUGUUCUCCAGUCCUCCGUCAGUUCUUCUAUAUUCUGCAUCAGGAAUCCCAUCCUACAAAAAUAUGGCAAGUGUACAACACAAAUUAAGUAAAUUUGAUGAAAUAAUCAAGAAAAACAUCUUAAUUGAAGAUGGAAAUCCUGCUCGAUACCGUCUGCAAACAAGUACAGACAAUAUGGAUCAGUCUGAACUAUAUAGAACAAUGACAUUUGGAGAGAGAAGCAAAAACAAACCCCAUAAAACCAUCCUGAUGGUGGGAGAAACAGGAACAGGAAAAACAACCCUGAUCAAUGUGAUGAUCAACUACAUGUUGGGUGUUCAGAGAGAAGACAAGGUUUGGUUUGAGAUCACAGAUGAUCAGAGUGACCGAUCAUCAGCUGACAGUCAGACCUCCAUCAUCACUGUUUAUGGGUUUUAUCUACAAGAGAGUCCAAUCCAUUUAACAAUCAUCGACACUCCAGGAUAUGGAGACACACGAGGAAUUGAUCUUGAUAAACAGAUUGCUGUGAGUUUGCUUAGUUUAAGUAAAUCUAAAGAAGGGAUUCAUGAAGUAGAUGCAGUGUGUCUGGUGAUUAAUGCAACCCAGAAUCGACUCUCUGACAGACUCAUAUACAUAUUUGAUGCUGUUCAGUCUUUAUUUGGAAGAGAUAUUGCUGAAAACAUUGUCCUGCUCUUCACAUACUCAACUGGAGCUCCACCUAAAAAUGCCCUGACGGCUGUUAAAGAGGCUAAAAUCAAGUGUGCAAUGAAUGACAAGAAGAAGCCUGUGUAUUUCCUGUUUGACAACUGUCAGUCAGAAGCUGAUGAUGAAGAUGAUGAUGAAGACGAGGAAUACCAUGAACAGAGGCUGAAUCAGUCAUGGGAUCGUAGUUUUAGAGGAAUGAGGCAAUUGUUCAAGUUUCUUGACACAAUACAACCAAAAACCCUGAAGAUGACUGUAGAUGUGUUACAACAUCGAAGGCAGUUGGAGGCAAAUAUCUCCAAUCUACAAUCACGUGUUCACAUGAUGGAACUAAAGCAAAAUGAGCUGAAACAAACUCAAGAAGCUCUGGAGAAGAACAAGAAAGAUGUAGAAGAAAAUAAGAACUUUGAGUAUGAAGUUGAAGUGCCCUAUAAAGUAAGGGUUGAUAUUGAUUAUUCUCUAGCCAGUGUGGCGAUGUGCUGUACCUUCUGUGAGGAGAACUGUCAUUAUCCAGGAUGCUGGUGGAUCAGUGGUCUCUCAUGGUGUGAAGUGAUGAAAGAUGAUCACUGUACGGUGUGUACAAAUAAAUGCCACUAUAAAGAACAUGGCAAAGGAGCAAAAAUAUAUGAAACAAAGACCAAGACAGAGAAGAAAACAUUUGAAGAUUUAAAAAAACAUUAUGAAGCUAAAAUUGGAGAUGGUGUUUUUUUGGUCAAAAAAUUGGAAGAAGAGCUGCAAAAAUUAGAGAAAGAGAAAAUGAAGUUGGUGAAUGAAGCUUUUCACUGUGUGGAAACUCUGGAGAAGAUCGCACUCAACACUGAUUCUGUGCUCACUCUUCUGCACAUUGACUUUCUGAUUGAGAAGCUGAAGGAAAUAAAUGAGCCUGAAAAGGCUGAAACACUGGAAAACAUCAAGAAGAGAGCAGGAGAAAGAAAGCAAGGAGCAUUGGGAUGCAUUAAAAGAUUAUUUAACACCUCAACUGUCACAGUCUCGUUGGGAUGCUUGGCCACACAUAGUUUAACCCAGAUGAAAUGAACACUGUUCAUUGAUAAACAACCCUUGAUGAAAUGAACACCACUAUAUCCAACUGCAUUCAGCACUCAUUUAGUGAGGUCUGAUCACGC